AUGGCGGCAGCCACGACGGCUGUUAUUGCUGCUUGGAAGACAGUAGGAUCAUACUCUGGAGUUGGAGGCGAUGGUGGAAUUAGUGGAUUGUUGUUGAAACGUCUAUUUUAUUUACAUGGCGGUAUCUUUUUCUAUAAAGCUCUUGGGAGAAAAUUACAAACGCCUUUGACAUAUACAGAUAUACAAAUCUUCUCCCAUUGGCUUUUAAACUCUCUAGACACUAGAAUGAGUAGUGGAGACUGGAUAUGUGGUGCAUGUGAGCAUUCGAACUUCAAGAAACGUGAUGCAUGUCAAAGAUGUCAAUGUCCCAAGUUCGCUACAGCCGCUGAGAUUUCAAUGCAUGCAAACAAAUCACAGGUGCUGGCGGGUGACUGGUAUUGUUGUUGUGAGGCACACAACUUUGCCAACCGAACUGAGUGUUAUAGGUGUGGUGCACACAAAGAGUAUAUCAUGAUGAUGACAUAUGCAACAUCUAGCUAUCCUUACGAUGCUAGCAUUCUUCCAGGAGGGAAAAAUGGUGAUUGGAUGUGCAACAGGUGUAGAGGACAUAACUUUGCAAGUAAAAUGGAAUGCUAUAGAUGCAAAUCACCAAGGGAAUAGGAGUACAAGAAGUGUUGUAAAUGGAAAAUAUAUUUGUGCUCCUAGAAUGAUAUGUGUUUUCUUGUUUUCGCCUUAAUAAUUAAUGAAAUGUAUGCAAUAUUACAUUA